CUUGAUUGUAUCUGGUUUGUCAAAAGGAUAGGGAAACUUGCUCCAAGUGAGGGCAAGAAAAGGGCAGAUGGCUUCAGUUUCUGCUAGCAAGCAUGCUCAGUCAUAUUAGUCACUAAAACUUGACGAGCAGCUGCUUAUGUUGCUUCACAGGUGAGAAACGCUGACCAAAAACAAAACCUCGAACAUCCCCCGCCGUCCUUCCCUGCGCCUGGGAAAAGGCUCGAGGUGCUUCGUUUGGUUCUUCUUCGUCUACAACGCCGCCCCCCAUCCCGUGACGCAUCGAAAUCGACAAGUGGGAGCAGCCUGCGGGGACGCCGCCAGCAGGAGCAGACAUGGGGAAAUCCUUUUCGUUACCUUCACAUGUAUCUAGAGAAGAUGGAAGUUCAUCUGACAAUAUGAAAAAUGGCCUGGUGCAUUCAGAAUCACACAGUGAAGAUGGAAGAGGUGGAGAUGUGUCGCAAUUUCCGUAUGUUGAAUUUACAGGAAGGGAUAGCGUCACAUGUCCCACAUGUCAGGGAACAGGGAGAAUCCCACGGGGACAAGAGAACCAGCUGGUUGCCUUGAUCCCAUACAGUGAUCAAAGACUGAGGCCAAGAAGGACAAAGCUUUAUGUGACUGCUUCUGUAAUUGUGUGCUUACUGCUUUCUGGGCUGGCAGUAUUUUUCUUAUUUCCUCGCUCUAUUGAUGUGGAAUACAUCGGAGUCAAAUCGGUCUAUGUCAGCUAUGAAGCUCAGAAGCAUGUAAUAUAUUUAAAUAUCACGAAUACGCUGAACAUAACGAACAACAAUUACUAUGCUGUUGAAGUUGCAAACAUUACAGCCCAGGUGCAGCUUUCAAAGACUGUUAUUGGGAAAGCACGGCUGAACAACAUUACUCACAUUGGACCACUAGAUAUGAAACAGAUUGAUUACAUGGUACCUGCAAUUAUACAAGAUGAAAUGAGCUACAUAUUUGAAUUUUGUACCCUACCCUCUAUCAAAGUGCAUAACAUAGUUGUAAUGAUGCAAGUGACUGUGACAACCUCUUACUUUGGCCAUUCUGAACAAAUAUCUCAGGAGAGAUACCAGUACGUCGACUGUGGUGGAAACACAACUUAUCAUCAGGGACAGACAGAAUAUCUAAAUGUCCUCCAGCCACCCCAAUAAAAACAAGCGAGUUAAAGGCUUGUAUGGAGAAAGAAAAAUGGCUGUUGGGUCAUCAGUGCUUGAACUUCUGAUCAUACUGGUACUACAACCUAAAAGGAUAUGUGGGUAUAUAGUUUAGCUGUCCUAAAGGCUUUGAGACAUGAGCAGAAAAAGAGCAAAGUGUAUAUUAUCAGAAAUGAGAGCUCCUUCCUCCACUUUUAGUGUGUAAUUAUUCUGUCAAAGUGCAGGAAGAAAAUGAAUCUUAGAUCAGUGAACUUGCAAUUUUCUUACAUGGAUUCGCAGCAUCAGUGUGCAGCCACAUAAUUAUAUAAAAGACACUGGGUCACUAACAAGUAUUAUCUUUGAAAACAAGUUGAUUACAAAAUGGUUAUUUUGGUUAUGAUUCUUUCAUUCAGAUGACAGCCCAUACCUGUGAUGUACUGAAACAUGUUUAGCUGUUUUAAGGCAUUAUUUUAUUUACAUUAUUUAUAUACUACCUUGUAAGGUUCAUGAGGCAGUGUACAAUAAUAAAACAACCAAUAACAGUCCAUUCAAACCAACAAGAAUAACAUAAGCCAAUAAAAACAGGGACUGUUAUGAUUUAAAAUCAUUAUAGCAGCAAACAAAAAUAGCAGGAUAUAGAUAAACUUGGCUAAUUUAAAGUUAAUGCAGUUGGAACAAAACCCAAGCAAUCUGUUAAAGAAGUAAAACCAGCCAUGCAAAAAAAAAAAAAAACCCUGGUCAUAAAUGGCCUGGAGACUAAAAACAUUCUUAACUGAUGCCUAAAAUUGAACAAAGAAGGUGCCAGGUGUAGUGGGGAGGGAAUCCUUAAAACAGGGUGGUACUGCUUGAAAGGCUGUUUUCUUUAUGACCAUGCAUCUCAUUUUGCAAAUGAGAAUACUUACCACUGUUCAGAUGCUGAUAUUAGAAACUAAUAUUUGAUUUCACAAAUUAUACACCAGUUUAGUUUUCACUGUAGUAGAAUUUUCUUACAGAUUCCGUUACAGGUGAAGAACUUGACACAGCCUUAUUUCCACAAAUCUGUCUGAUCUGCUUGCAAUCUGUUAGUAGUCGGAGAUGUAAAUACCCUUGCUAUAUAUAUUUGCAGAAUGACAAAUGCAGGAUAAAGUGUAAACUAUAAUGUAUAGAAUUUUAUGUUGAAAAAAAACAAUGCCAGUAGUACAUAUAUACAACCUUUACUGUAAGGAAAACUGAAACAUACUUUUAUAUAUUUGAUAGCUUCCAAAUUUGUUGAUUGGCAUAAUGUAGUUACAUGCUUCACAUUUUGUAUUUCGGUUUUAAGAUCACUUAAUUGCCACAGGGGUAAUACCUGACUCUUGACAGCUUUAUGGGAAUUCAAAAUAAGAGUCAGAAUUUAGGCUUUCUUUCUUUUUUUUAACUAAACUCAUUCAUGUCCCCUCCCCCACUCUUUUGGUAUGGGGGUUGAUCUAAAAAAGGAUAUUAUUGUCCUUUAAAAGAUCACAUACACAAGGCUGGUUACAGCUGCAGUAUAAUUACACUUGACAUUAUCUUAGUACUGAACUGAAUAGGGAAGUCACUGGUGUGGUGCUAAGACGGCUUGACUUGCUCCCUCUGAUGCCGUUCUGGUAACUGUUGAAAGGAAGCCGUCAUGUGGGCAGGCCAGCUGGGGUGGUUACUCACUGGGCUGGCUGUGUUUAUAUGUUAAGCAACACUGUUCGCCUAACCCAUUUUGUGAGCCCUUCUGCUGUUACUGAAAUGAUAGGCAGCAGGCCCAUUCUGUAACAGCUCCUAUGCCAUUCAGGUUAUUUUUUGGGUAGGGGUGGAUCAAAGUCACAUCCCACCUGGUAAGAGAGCAUUUUGUAAUUGCACAGUUUCAGUGAUUUUCAGUUUGCUGCAUUUUCAUCUGUAUGAGUGCCUGCUUUUUCCAGUUAAGGUACAAUAAAACAGGCCUGUUCUAGUAGAAUACAAAGUGAUCCCUAACAAUUUCAAAACUCUGGACCAUGUUAACCCAAGUUAAGCGAUAAUAAAGUGCCGUUUGUCUUCAUGGGAUAAAUAUAAGUAUGGUUAAUUUUUCUCAUGGAGAUAAAAAUUAAGCACUUUUAAACUUUGAAAGAAAACAAAGUUCAUGAAUGAACUGCUAAGGGUUUGACACAACCAACCACUUGACAAGAAAGGUGAGAGUUUGACUGCGAACUGCAAUGAUAUUAAACGGGCGCAUUCUACUGCCAGCUUUAUUUCAGUGGCUGAUCUUAAAAGACAAGAGUCUUUAAAGAACCUUGUAAGACUCACAGCAUGUUUGCUUGACCAGAAGUGAUCUGUACCAGAACUACCUUUCCCCCCCCCCUUUUGGGUUCAUAUAAGAUGCUAUAUGGAUUUCUAUAAAAUUGUAUGAAAGUUGUAUUCUGUAUCACAAUUCAAUACUUGCUUUCUGCUGUUGGGACUGUGGAAAAUGUUCUGGAAUUUGCUUUGUAAAUAUAAUGUUUAACUAUUUGACACUAGGUGCUUUUGUUUUGAUCAGCUGACAUUACACUGUUAAGCAAAUACUGUUAUCAGCUUGUCUUACAGCUCUCAUUCUGUAGUGGAAGCAUUUUGCACUUUGAAUGGAAGUUGGUUGGAUAAAAUGCAGCAGUCCUAGGACUGCUUUGUAGUACCACUAAAUGUGCUUUUGAUGGAAAAUGAAUAAUUUAGAGAGUGUUAAUUAGGUAGUAUGUUAACGUAAGAGAUCAGUUGGGUAUAAUUAAAAUACAAUCAUGAUUAUUUCAGACCUCUUAAAGACUAGCAUUUAGACAGUCUAUAAAAUUUAACAUUCCAAGACUACUCUUCUUUUCUGUAACAAUACAUUUUGAGAGGUUUUACUGCACUUGCAUUGCAUAUGAGUGUGGCGUUAACAUUGCUGUACUUUAAUUUGUAACUGACUAUUGCUGCUGAACUUUUACUUCAGACAUGCUUUGAUACAGUUUAUAUAAACUGCUGAUGAAGUGAAACCGUUGCAAUAUUCUCAGACUUCAAUGUGCUGUGUAAAGCGUGGACUAAUUACACAAUGUACAGCCAUUUUUUUUUUUUUAAUUGGGAAAAUAUCUUUAAGGUAAAAAGAGCUGGACAAAGCGACAUAGCAUAUUAAAUGCUGUCUGGACAGAAUCAAAACACUGUUCAUUGCCAUCUUAUCUGUGUGUCUUCAAUGCCUUUUUUAUGAUUUGUGACCUCUAGGUAGGUUUAAAGUAUUGCUGUCACAAAUGGGGGGAAACGCUUGCAUUGUUUCUUGAGUCUGGAAUGUAGUUUUUUUAAAGUGCUUUAACCCAGUACUCUCAGUGCAUCAGCUACUGAGGUAACUUUUAGUUUCCAGUUAAAAAGAAAAUCAUAAAAACGAAAAACAAUGAUAAGCCUGCCAUAAAGCAAAACGUACUUUAAAGAAGUAACUGCAACACAUCAAUAGAUCAGUAACAAUAAAAUUGGCAAUAGUCAAACCUUUACUAUAUUAAAAUGAGCAAAGGGGCAUAAAAAGGACAGGCUACAGUUAGAUUUAUGGGGGUGGGGGAGUCAACAGAACAAUCCACACAGUAAAGAUUUAUGUGGUAUAGAAAGCUUAACAGCUAGUAUCAAGCAGAUGGCUCAGAGGAGUCACCCAGCAUUCUUUGUUCUGAGGGGGUAUACAGCAAAGCCUCUAGAUAUUCUCAGCUGAUUAGCAGGCUUGUAUUGGAGCAGGCAGCCAUUGAAGUAUCCUGCUCCCAGUCAAUUUACAGACAAGAAAAUUGUGCCCAGAACUGAACGGAAAGUCAGUAUAGAGUGGCUUGUGCCUUGUAGCUUAUGCCAAUAAUGAUGCUGUUGUGUUCUGUGUCAGGUGAAGAUUCCAAACAGUUUUGAAAGAGAGUCCCAACUGGAGUGUGUAGUAGUAAUCUAAUCUCGUGGCCUGGUAGGCCUCCAGUUGUAGAUCUGAUAUAAUACCACCGUUUAGAUGUUUUCCCCCUGUGGUAGGAUGAGUACAGCCCCACUUAAAACAGGCCGACUUCUCAAUCCCUGAUUGAAUAUAUUAUCAACCAACAGUACCUCAAUAUUUUCUAGGUUAAGCUUCAGUUUACUGGUCUUCCUCCAGCCUGUAACUGCCAUCAGAUACUUAUUCAGGACAUGUAAUGCCUCGCCUCAGUUGGAAGAAGAAAAAAAUACAUUUGUGUGUCUUAAUGUAAUUGCUUUUCAUUCCAAAUCUCUUGACAGCCUCUCCAUGUUACCUCAUGUAGAUGUUAAGUAGUAUGAGAAGCAAGACUGAACCCUGCAGGAUUUCCUAAUGCAAGUGUUACAGGGCUGAAGACCUGCCCCAGAAUAACCUUUUAGCACCAGUCGGCCAGAUAGCAACAGAACUAUCAGAGCUUGGCACUUCCAACACUUAAAAAAAUGCUAUAGUUCAGUGAUGGCGAACCUUUUAGAGACCGAGUGGCCAAACUGCGACCCAAA